AUGGAGGCAGUAUCCAAACAGAUUCCGAUCACCCUAAACGGUGAAAACUAUUUCUUUUGGUCAAAAGCCGCCAAAGCUACAUUUAGUAGCAAAGGUUUAUGGAGUCAUAUCACCGAUGGAGAACCUCUUUCUCCACAUAUCGAAACUGUAGGAGAGGCUCCGGUGAAUGCAACUCAACCACGACCAACCGGCAAUGAGGAGAAAGCAAAAUGGCAUCAAGAUGAUCAACUUGCCUUGGUUCUUUUGCAAGGUUCCCUCGAUGCGACUGUCUUGCAAUCAUUCAUCUCCAUGGAAUCCGCCAAGGGGUUGUGGAAUGCACUCAAAGAAGUAUACGGUAAUCUAUCUAACAUAAGCCGUAUAUACGAAAUCAAAAAGAAGAUGGCACAAUUGCAACAACAAGGCAACCCUUUCACCAAACUACAAGGACUGUACACGGCUUUGUGGAACGAGCUUGAAGAGAUCCGCCCUCCAACGGUUGAUGCUAGAGUUUGUCUCGAACGUACCGAGGAGGACAAAGUUUUCGGAUUGCUCCUUGCAUUAGACCCGUCAUUCAAUGACUUGGUCUAUCAUGUCUUGCGUCAAUCCAAGCUUCCGUCCUUUUUCGAGGUUUGCAUGAUGGUCAACCGCGAAGAGGGUGGAAGGAAUUUGUUCGGUGGUCCGUUGGCAAUGGCCAACUAUAGCUACCGGCAUCCGCCUAUUCUCUCCACUCCGAAAGAGAAACGAGUACCGACGUGCGCCCAUUGCAAGAAACUCGGCCACAUCAAGGAGAAGUGUUGGAUUCUUAAUCCACAUCUCAAGCCUACAAGGUAUCGCGACACAUCGCAGCCGAAAGGUGCUGCUAUGAGUGCCGGCAACACAAUCUCUUUCACCCAAGAGGAAUUCAAAAACUUUGUUCUUUCUAUGAAAGACAAAGAAAGUGGUAACUUUUCUUCUUUAUCCACCCCUCAUAUCGUUGUUGACUCGGGAGCCACAUCACACAUGUUUCACGAUAAGAGUCUCUUUUUUAAACUUGAAAAUUCAUUUGGCAUGGUUACUGUUGCAAACGGAAAAUACGUCUCUAUUAGAGGACAUGGAUACUAA